AUGAUCUCGCGCCGGGCGCUGAAGCCAUACUUGGCUGAAUUUCUGGGGACUGCUCUGUUAAUCGUCAUCGGAGAUGGAGUUGUCGCCCAAUGUCUGCUGUCCGAUUACACAUACGGCACCUGGCUGUCUAUCAACCUCGCCUGGGCAUCUGCAGUAUCACUAUCUGGCUAUUUGUCUGACCCCAGUCCGUCCAUCAACCCGGCCAUGACUAUUUGCCUUGCUCUUGUGCGUCCAUCCGAAGGACAAUGGAGACAACUUCCAGGCAAGCUGGCCGCGCAGACCCUGGGCGGGUUUGUUGGCGCUGCCAUCGUGUACGUCAACUACCGUUCAGCCAUCAAGGAGUGGGAUCCUGAAUACACUAUUCCCGGUGGAUCUAUUUUGAGCCCCCGCGGUCACCAUUCUGCGGGUGUUUUUUCGACCUACCCAAGUGCCUCCUUCGAGUCGAACUGGGAGGCUGUCUUUUCUGAGGCGCUGGGCUCGGCUGUGCUGGCAUUUGGGUGCCUUAGCAUCUCCGAUCCCAUAAAUGCUCGUCGAUUCCCUGCUCCGCAGUUCGCUUCCUUUUUGCUGCUGCUUAUGAUCGGAGCGGCACUAGGCUGGCAAACAGGCUACGCUAUUAAUCCGGCUAGAGACUUUGGCCCAAGAUUGUUCUCUGCCAUUCUCUAUGGCCGCGAGGUGUUUACCACAGCGAACUACUAUUUCAUUGUUCCCAUCUUCGCCCCUAUCAUCGGCUGUGUGAUAGGUGCGGCGACUUAUGACGGACUGUUGUUCGAGGGAGAGGGAUCGCGCGUCACCGAUGCGCUGGACAAAGCCGAGGGUCACGGGUCUCUUCGACUGGACUAA